UGUCUAAUAAUUCAAAUGUAUAUUUAUCUUGCUUAUCUCUGCUCACCCUUCAUAUGCAGUCAUUGGCUCGCCCUCGCUAACAAAAAACGUAAAGUUAGCUGGAUAGCUAACUAGCUAGCUAACGUUAUAUCAAUUUUGCUAUGCAAUUAGCUCAACGUAACUUUGUUAAUAUAUUUUUGUUAAAGCAGAGAGCAAGAGGCGAAGCAUGUAGAUAGACACUCAUUGGUUAAAGGCGUGAAAAUAAUUAGCUAGACUGAUGGAUGGCAAACUUCAGCUAGCUAAGUUAACUAACUGGCCAGCAAACUAACAUUACCGCGCAAGGGACUGAACGUUAAUUUAGCAUCUUUGACGCCCCCUGUGGCAGAUUUGAGCAUGGCACAAGGACCCGCAGGCAGAGACGCGACUCGCAGGAAAAGUAAGGAUCAGCUGGACUGGAGCACAUGCUGGAGCAACAGUCUGAAAGAGAUUGCAGGCCUGCUGCCCAUAUCUAAGCCUAGGAAUGGCCGAGGACUCACCAAGAAGGAGACUCUGGUCCACAUGCUGCGCUAUUUUGACUUUCUUCAGAGUAGGAUCCAGACCCUGCAGAGCCGCUUGCCCCCCCACUGCAUCCCCAAGCAGGAACCCGACACAGGGUCUGAGAGUGAAGAGAACACCCUCUCUGAUCCCUGCACCCCCCCUCACACUCUAAAGGCCAAGCGCAAAUAUUUUUUCAGCCGUUCCCGCAAGAGACCUGCCCCCACCUCAGAGGUGAAGGCAGAGCUUCAGGUGAACAGAAGGAGGUUGUACAAAGCUGUAGCCAAUGGAAAAAUAGUUUACCCAGAGGAGGGUGUGUCUGUCCCCAUGUGGGGUGUGCAUUCUGAUUGGUCAGAGCUCCAGUCUAGUGAUAGCCAUGGGGCGUGGCCUGUGUAUGACAGCGACUCCCAGCCGAGCUCCCUGGAUUCAGGCUUCAGCCUAAAUCAGCUGCUCCCCCUGAGCACGCCUCUGGAGGGGAGCAGUGGGACUCUGUGGACUCCAUCCCCAACAGAGAGAGGCCACUGCUUUGUUUGUGAGGACCGCACAGGCAACGAGAGCAUCCCAUCAGGGAGCGGGGUCCUAGACACUCCAACUACUCCAAUUAAUGGGCCAGGAUCACUUUUCCUGAAGGACCAAAUGCUUGGGGUAAUCCCACCCAUGCGAGGGCGAAGGGAGCCCUUCCACAGCCCUGCUGCCACGCCCCAACGCCCUACCCUGCUGCCCCUGCUGCCGCUGUUUGGGACUGGGGACAGUCUGAACCUCAGCCCCUCCCUCCUCACAUCCCCUGCCCGGGGCCUCAGCCACUGCCUGUUGCCUGAGGGCCAGGAGGAGCUCCAUGUGCUAUUCGAGGAUGUUUGGGUCACCCCUAAAACGACCCACACCAAAGUCUCCUGCCUGCCCUGCCAUGACCCCAAUGACUCAAUGUCAGAGGGUGAAGCUGAAGUCAGGCAUGGCAGAGGAGGGUGGCUGUCCUCCCUGAGUGAGGGGGAGGAAGGGGACGUCACCUGGACCCCCAAGCAACAGCAAGUCCCUCUGAAGUCAAAGACCAGUAGCACAGGACGGCACCGCAGAGCCAAUGCUUCCACCAAGGGCCCCCCUCGCACCCCUCUUAACCUGAAGAAGAAGUGUGUCAACGGCUUCAUAAUGUUCUGCCGCAUUAACAGGAAGACCUACCUCCGUACCCACCCUGGCACCCCGUCUACCGUGGUUACCAAGGAGCUGGCCAGCCUGUGGCACGUCAUGCCCAAGCAGGAGAGGCGUGUCUAUUGUCUGAAGGCUCGCCACUUCAGCCGCCAGCAGAACCGUAACGUGAGGAGUGAGUUGGUGGAGGGAGGCGGGGAGGAAGAGGACUGUGUACCCAGCCCCCUCCACAUGCUGCUGGCCCAGAGAGACCUGUGUGCUGCAGCCAGAGGAGGCCCCUAGAGUAGCUACCUCCACACACACUGACCCUUCACUGACCAUAUGCAUCUAGCAUUGGAUGUCCAUAUUUAUACUGUAUCUGUCCAUAUUCAAACCAACAAUAUUGUUUAUUUAAGAAACACCGUAUGAGUUAAUUAUGAAGUUCUUUGGAGUUUAAAUUAUAUUCUCAAACGCAGACACUUAAUCUCUGUCUAGCACAGUGGUUCUCAAAUUAUAUACGUUUUUUAAAGGAAGUCAGUCCAACUUUAAACUGACUCUUGAAGUUGUAGAAUUAGGUACUGAAAUUAGGUAGUGAAUCAUCAGUUCCUCUUGUCAUGUCAGUCAUUGCAUACCUUCAAGAGCUAUUUAUAACUUGUCAAAUGUCCAGAUCAACUAGCCCAUGUCAGCUAACAGUUUUUUAUUUAGGUUUUGUAGCCCAUAGAUUUUGUUGUAAUUUUUUUGUCACUCCAAUACAUGGCAAAAUGUAUAGAAGUGCAAGAUAAUUUGUCUUAAAACUGCAACAUUAUCUUUGCACCCCAUGACAAAAUGUAUAGAAUUGCAAAAAAGAAUCUGUUCCCCAAUGCUGGAAGGGGGGCCAGAGUGAAAAGGUUUGGGAACCCCUGGUCUAUAGCACACCACAUUUAACUGUUACUUUUUGUUUUCUGCCUCAUGUUAAAGUUAUUUAUACAACAUGUUCAAACGUGGUUUUACAGGUAUAAUUGAGAACCAUUUUAGUAGGAAGUUUUGUAUUUACAUGAAGUGAUGUCUUCCCGUGGGUUAUAAUGCCAAGGCAGUGUUUUACUAGUCAUGUCGUCCUGAAGUUUAUUUCAUCAAUCAGUCUAUAUUUAUGAUCAUAAGGGCCAAAGAAAUUCCAGGCUACACAGUAUGCAGCACAUAAAUCACUUGCCCCAUGGACUGACCAUUUUAUUUAUUACCUAUUUAUACACACUGCGUUUAUUAAUAUGUGUGGAAUGUCUGUGUUUCUCUAUUACACAUUGUGUAAAUUCCUGUUUUUACAAGGCAGGUAAGAACUGAAGUCUUACCAUUGUAUUGAGUUAUUCAAAUUGGCAAUUGGAAGUUUGCUGAAGUGUUUCUAUGUGUGGUGUCACAAUAUGUUAAGAUGUUCUGUAAAUUAAAGUUAUUCAAUUGUUA